UAACACCCUUCCCCACCACUCAUUUUCACUCAUCUCCUUAUCCCUUUGACCGGCUCCUCACUUCUCUUUUCUUUUCUCUUCAUUUUCCUCACAAACACUCCUCUCCCACACUCCCUUAUUCUCCCGCCGGUACCACUCCUCACCACUUCCACCACCAUUUUUCAAGCAAGACCACUAGAAAAUUCCAUAGGAAAACAGUAUAAGUACCUUGGUACACUAUGCCUCCUAGAAAGAAAACAUGUAAAGUAAGGCAUGUAGAUGAGGUUACAGCUCCAAAGCAUGGCCAUAGGCAACGCCAAGAGCGUGAGAGAUCUAUCACUCCUGCUGGUGGUGAGAUGAUGAGGUGGCAGACAGGAUUUUUGCUAGGAUUGUUAGAGUGGUCUAGGGAGGUGAACAUAGGAAGGAGGGUUGCUCUUUUGGGGAGUUCCAUAAGCAAAACCCUCCAACAUAUGAUGGGGAGCCUGAUCUUGGCAGCAUAGAAUUGGCUGCUAAAGAUGGAAAAAUUAUUGAGAGCCCUUGAUUGCACUGAUGCUCAGAAGGUGGUGUAUGCCACUUUUGCUCUUCAGGGUUCUGCUGAAAGAUGGUGGUCAGGCACUGAGCAAUUGUUGAGGAUGGAGUUGGGAGGGAAAACUCCUAUUACUUGGGAGAAGUUUAAAGAAGUUUUUAAUGAGACAUAUUUUCCUGAUGUAGUGAGGGACCAAAAGGUAAGAGAAUUUUCUAAUUUAGUUCAGGGGACUAUGACUGUAGAAGAAUAUGUUGCAAAGUUUGUGGAGCUUUCUCGCUUUGCUCCUUACUUGAUUCUGGAUGAGCCCAAGAAAGUAAGUGAAUUUCAGAAAGGUCUUAAUGAUAGGAGUCGCCCCCACAUUAUAGCUUUUGGAGUGGGCACUUUUACUGAAACUGUGAAGCGGGCAAUGAGUCUUGAAGAGGACUUUAAGUGCAACCCCGGUUCCAAGGAGGAUGAAAAGAAGCAAGAACCCUCUAAUUAUCAACAUGUAGAUGGUCGGGGGCAAAAUUCCAAGAAGGGGUUCUUUAAGAAGUCCGGUAAUGAGGGUCAUUAUAAUGGGCAAGGCAAGGGUGGCUCUCCUCAAUUUGGUAAGAAGUGGCCCUGCAUUCAUUGUGGUAAAACCCAUGAGGGUCAAACUUGCAUGGAGGGAGUAAAGGUGUGCUACACUUGUAAGCAACUCGGACACUUUGCUAGGCAGUGCCCAACUACCAAGGGCUCGGGUUCCUCUUCCACACCCCAAUAUGUUGAGGGUAAUGAUGAGGGGAAAAGGGUGCAGGGUAGAGUGUACCCCUUGAGUACUUAGGAUGCUUAGUCCACAAAUACAAUGGUGACAAAUAUACUUCCUUGUUCUCCACAAAUGCUAGAGUUCUUUUGAUCUUAGUUUCACACAUUAUUUUGUUUCUUGUGCCUUAUUAAAAGUUAUGAUAAGAGCUUGGAACUACUUGAUUUUAAGUUAAUCCCAAUUGGUGAUAUUAUAUGGAAUAAUCUUGUGCUUAAGUCUAUCGGGGUAGAGAGUUAUUAGCUAAAAUGGUGUUGCUAGAAAAGCAUGAUAUUUAUGUUAUCCUAGGCAUGGAUCGGUUGGCUUCUUGUCAUGCUUGUAUGAAUAAUUAGGAAGAAUGAUGGGUCUAUGAGGUUAUGUACCAACUAUCAUGAUCUAAAUUGAGUUACCAUUAAGAGUAAAUAUCCCUUGCUUUGCGUUGAUGACUUUUUUGGCUAGUUGCAAAGAGCACAAGUAUUUUCUAAGAUUGAUCUUGUUUUGGUUACCUCUAGUCGAAAAUUUGGGAAAUACCAAAGAUAGCCUUUUGGGCUAGGUAUGGUCAUUAUGAGUUCUUAAUGAUGCUAUUUGGAUUAAUUAAUGGCCCUACUACCUCUAAGGAUUUGAUGAAUGUGGCAUUUCAUGAUUAACUAGAUCAUUUUAUCAUUGUAUUCAUUGAUAAUAUCUUGACUUAUUCUAAGAGUCUAGAAGAGAUGAGAACACUUGAGGAUUAUUAAAAGAAAAUAAUAAUACUAAGAGAAAGUAAGUGGUUUGUUAAAUUGUGGAAGUCUGAAUUUUGGUUGGAUCAAGUAGUGUUGUCAAGUUAUGGGAUCUCUAAGGAUGGAAUUACAUUGGAUCUUAGUAGGAUGUAAGAAUCAUGAGAAAGAUUUCCCCACAUGACUUGGAGUUAAUUGCAGUUGUGUUUGCUUGAAAAUUUGGAGACAUGAUUUGUAUGAGAGAUAUGAUAUUUGUAUGAAUCAUAAAAGUUUAGGGUAAUUAUUUAACUAGAAUGAGCUAUACAUGAGACCAUGAAAUGA